CACCCUUAUAUAAAAGCCGGUAUUGGUCGGCCCGUUUCAGUCCCAUCGCGAUUCUUCAUUGGUGUUGGUGAGGUGACAAGUGACGAUCGAAGAACUACUUGAUCCGAUUUUUCAUUUUUUGUGAGUGUUUGUGUGCGUGCAAGGCCUACCGGGACUAAAGAGUGUUAAGAAUGAACGGAAUCAACGGCCACCACGCCAACGGCGGCGACUUGAACGGCUGUGGCGACAUCAUCACCCAAAACCAGCAAAAAGGCUGUUGGACAAUAGGCCUCAUCAACUCCAAACACCGCUACUUAACCGCCGAAACCUUCGGCUUCAAAAUCAACGCCAACGGGGCUUCCCUCAAAAAGAAGCAAAUCUGGACACUGGAACCCGAAAAUUCCAACUCCGGCGACAGCCUGAUUUACUUGCGCUCGCACCUGGACAAAUACCUCGCCGUCGACUCCUUCGGGAACAUCACCUGCGAGAGCGAGGAGAAAGAGCCCGGGAGUAAAUUCCAAAUCAGCGUGGCGGAGGACGGGAGCGGCCGAUGGGCCUUUAGGAACGUAGUCAGAGGCUACUUCCUGGGGGCCACCUCCGACAAGCUAACUUGCACUGCCAAAGUACCGGGGGACGCCGAAUUCUGGCACAUACACCUGGCUGCCAGACCCCAAAUGAACCUACGUUCGGUUGGACGCAAACGCUUUGCACAUUUGUCCGAAAACCUGGACGAAAUCCACGUUGAUGCCAACAUCCCCUGGGGGGAGGACACCCUUUUCACCCUCGAGUUCCGCCAGGACGAGGGCGGGAAAUACGCCAUUCACACGUGCAAUAACAAGUACUUGUCCCUGGGAGGUAAACUCGUGGAAACUUGCAACAAAGACUGCCUUUUCACUGCCGAAUACCACAGCGGCCAGUUGGCGCUCCGCGACCGUUGUGGGGCUUACUUGAGCCCCAUUGGGUCGAAGGCUGUGCUCAAAACGCGGUCUAAUACUGUGACGAAAGAUGAGCUUUUUUCCUUGGAGGAUUCCCUCCCUCAGGCCAGUUUUGUUGCAGCGCUGAAUUCCAAGUUUGUUUCUGUUAAACAAGGUGUUGACGUCACCGCCAAUCAGGACGAAAUCUCCGAUCACGAGACCUUCCAAUUGGAAUUCGAUUGGAGCACGAAACGGUGGUACAUCCGCACCAUGCAAGACAAAUAUUGGACACUGGAAACAGGCGGUGGGAUUCAAGCCGCCGGCGAUAAACGUUCCUCGAAUGCUUUAUUCGAUCUGGUGUGGCAAAAUGACGGUUCUGUGGCUUUUCGAGCAAAUAAUGGACGCUAUGUCAUGACGAAAAGAUCGGGUCAUUUGUAUGCAACGGCAGACGCCAUCGACGACAAUUGCAAGUAUUUCUUCUAUUUGGUCAAUCGGCCCAUUUUGGUACUGAAGUGCGAACAAGGCUUCGUGGGGUACAAGUCAGCCAGCAGCCCCAAAUUGGAGUGCAAUAAAGCCACGUACGAGACCAUUCAAGUCGAACGGGGCGAAAAGGGGAUCGUUUAUUUCAAAGGCCAGAACAACAAAUACUGGCACGUCGACAGCGAAGGCGUUACUGCCGAUUCGGACACCCCCGAGGGCUUCUAUUUGGAGCUGCGUGAACCCACCCGUCUCUGCAUCAAAACCUCGAAUGGGAAUUACCUAACGGCCGGUAAAAACGGCUGCUUCCGCUUGGGGGAUUCCUCGAUCGAGAAUGCCACCCAGUGGGAGUAUUAAUUCGUUCGUCUAUUUAUUGUAUUUAUGUUAGUUUUUACGCUCCUAUUAUUUUAAGGAUCAAUGUGAUGUUAUUAAUGUCAAAAUUGCAAAACUAGCCAAUGAGAAAACCGACUGCCAAAUGUAUGGCCUUCACACACUGUGGUGUUUUGAUGCUUUUUUAUUACUACUAUAUUUAAAUAUAGGGUUUUUUCUAUACUGUGUACUGUAUAUACCGAUAGGUUUGAUGUUGUUGUCAUUUGUAUCUAGAGUGACAUUACCAGUAAUGCAUUUAACUGAACUUAGUGGCGUCCAAGCUCAAAAUGUACCGGUUUUACAUAUCGUAGGUAUAAGAGCUUGUAUUUUUACCUGUAGCUUGUAGCAAUACCGUUUUUCCAAUUUGUAUGAUAAAUGUAAUAAAACAAUAUUCAAGACAA